AUGGCUCGGUUUCUCGCUAUAGUCGUGGAGGAGUUGGCGCUGCCGGAGGCGGCGGGGUUUGACCCGCUCGACCCGGGAUCUGACCCGCCCCCCAGGCCACUGACGGCCGACGAGCUGAGGCGCUGCAAGAAGGCGCUCAAGGCGCUGGAGAACAAGCUCGGGAAGCCCGCUAAGCUUGCCAAGGAGUUCUACAGCCUCCCGGAUAUAAGAACAGAGCUUCAGUCAGCACAAAAAUUUAGUGUUGCUCGGAAACAAGAAAAUAGGGGAAGAAACCGCUACACUGAUGUGUUGCCAUUUGAUCGAACCAGAGUACGGUUAGAGUCUUCAACAGGCAAUGAUUACAUCAAUGCCAGCCGUAUAGAGAUUGCUGGCAGAAAUCUAUCAAAAUUCAUUUCUACUCAAGGACCGCUAGCCAAUACGAUUGAGGAUUUUUGGCAGAUGGUAUAUGAUAAUCACUGUCCUGUGAUUGUUAUGGUCACCAAAUUUGAUGGUCUUAAGUGUGAUGAGUAUCUACCAUUGAGCAAGGGGCAGGAUAUUUUUGGAAAGUUUACCAUUAAGAUUACAAAGGUCAGGAAAGAUGGUCAGUUAGUGUUGCGUGGCGUGGAGAUUCGACGGGAUGAGUCAGAUGAAGUGCGAUCUCUUCUCCACAUUGAGUAUCCUGAGUGGCCUGACCAUGGGGUACCAAAUGGCAGUGCUGAUGUAAGAAGGAUUCUAAAAAGAUUGUAUUACAUUCCAAGAGAACGGCCAAUAGUUGCACAUUGCAGCGCAGGCAUUGGAAGAACAGGUGCUUAUAUCACCAUCCAUAAUACAAUAGAGAGGAUUUUACUUGGAGAACAGGGGGCUGUUGAUCUUGUUGAAACUGUCAAAAACUUUAGAUCACAGCGACCUGGAAUGGUCCAAACAGAGGAACAAUACAAGUGUUGCCACCAGGCAAUCACAGAUGAAUUGAAAGAUCUUGUAUCGAGUUCAAAACAUUGA